AUGGAAGAUAAGGAAAUAAAUAAUGAAAAUAAUAAAAUAGAAAAUAACAAAGAAGAAGAAAACAUAAAAAAAGAAGAUGAACAAACAAAAAAAAGUACAGAAGGCACUGAAGAAAAUGAUAUUCAAAUAGCAAAUAAUGUUUCAUUAGGAAAACAUUUAUUAAUAGGAAACUCUUUAAAAAAAGGUAUAAGUGUAAGUGUUAGAGGAAGAACUGUUAAUAUAGGAUUGAAUUCAAAACAAGCCGGAUCUGCAUGGAAAAAAAAAGAUGAAAAAAAUAAUGAUGAUCAGUCAGAAGAAAAAGAAAAAAAAAUAGACGAUGAAUCAUUUCCUGAUUUAUUGGAAUCUACUGAAAAAAUAAAAUCAGAAUUAGCUAAAGAUAAAGAUAAGAAAAAAAAACAAAUAAAAGAUAUAAAAAAAAAUGAAGAGAAUUCUGUAAAUACUGGGAUAGAAAAAAUAAAAGGAAAUGGAUCAAAUGAAAAAAAGAAAUUUCAUAUGAAUAUGUAUGAUGUAUCAAAAAAAAAUGAAAACAAUACAAAAAAGUGGUAUGAUCAAUCAAAUGAUUUUAAUCAUAUAAAUAAUAAUUCUGCUAAUGAGAAAAAUCAAAAUAAAUCAGAAAAUGAAGCAAAUGGAUAUAUACUCCCAGGUUUUAAAGGAAAACAUAUGAUUGGUUUUAAAUGUUUCUUAAAAAGAGGAACUCAAAACCCAGCACCAAUGCCUCCAGCUAUGUUACAUGAAGAAUGUUUUUUUUAUGAAAAUGUUGAAAAUAAAAACGGUAUACAAAAGAAAUAUAUGAAUUCAAAUAUAAAAAUGAAUCAACAAAUGAACUCUAUGAAUAAUAUGAAUAUGCAAAUGAAUCCCAUGAAUACUCAAAGGAACAAUAUGAACAACAUGAAUAACAUGAACAACAUGAAUAAUAUGAACAACAUGAAUAAUAUGAAUAACAUGAAUAAUAUGAAUAAUAUGAAUAACAUGAAUAAUAUGAAUAUGAAUGCUGUAAUGAAUAAUCAAGAAAAUAUUUAUGAAAGAAAUGAUCAAAUUAAUAAUAGAUUUACACAAAAUUCUCAACACAACCCUAUGAAUAAUCAAAAUAAAUUUAACGAUAACAAUAAUAUUUAUAAGCCAAACAAUUACAAUCGAAAUUUAAAAAACUUUAUGCAUAAUAAUAACACGGAAGAUGUUACAAACAUAAAACAAAUGAACAACAAUGUAGGAAUGCAAGGGAAUAUGAACUAUAUUAAAAGGAAUGAUAAAAAGGAAGAUAGAAAUUUAAAAAAAAAAGAUGUUGACUCAGAAAUCAAUUGGAGAAAUACUAGUAGUAAUAAAAACAUAGCAGAUGAUAAAAUGAAUACUGUAAAUAAUAGCAAUAUGAACGUUUCUCAAAAUGCAAAUACAAAUAAUAAUAUAACUACGAAUUUAAGAAACUACAAUAUGAAUAUGAAUAGUAAUAAUGCAAAUAAUAAUUUCAAUAAUAUGGGUAAUAUGAAGAAUAACAAUUAUGUAAAUAACAAAAUGUUAAACAUGAAUUUUCAACCAUCACCACCUCACAUAACUCAAAAUAAUAAAAAUAUGUAUAAUAAAAAUGAUGAACAAAAAAAUAAUAACAUGUAUAAAAUCAAUGUGAUGAAUAACAAUAAUAAUAACAAUAAUAGCAUGAAUAAAAAUGAAGAAAAAAACAAUAAAAUGUAUAAAAACAAUUUAAUGAAUUCUAACUCAAAUGGGAUAGCAUCUGAUAUGUAUAAAGCUCAAAACAAUUAUAACAAUAAUAAUAAUAAUAAUCAGAAAUAUGAAUAUAAGCAUACAUAUAAUAAUAAUUUUAACAUGAAUAAUAAAAAUAUGAAUUCAGUUGAUAUAAGGAGAACACGUAUGAGAGAAAUAAGAAAUGUAAAUGAACAAAAUAAAGUUAAUGAAGGAUAA